UGACAUUGAAGAAUUUAUUUUUCGGAAAUCUGACAAGGUGCAGAAAAGCUCGAAAACCAUGGAAAACUACGAGAAGAUGAGAGUUGUUGGUCGAGGUGCUUACGGAACUGUUCACCUGUGCAGAAGACUAGCAGAUAAAAAGUUAGUAAUUAUAAAGCAGAUUCCUGUAGAACAAAUGACCAAAGAAGAGAGACAGGCAGCAUUGAAUGAAAGCAAAGUUCUUUCCAUGUUGUCACAUCCAAAUAUUAUAAAAUAUUAUGAAAACUUCCUAGAAGACAAAGCCUUAAUGAUAGUAAUGGAGUAUGCUCAAGGUGGGACACUGAUGGAUGUUUUACAACAAAGAAAUGGUAUUCUCUUAGAAGAAGAGGAAAUUUUAAAAUACUUUGCACAGAUGUUGCUUUCAUUACAACAUGUACACUCCAAACAGAUCUUGCACAGAGACUUGAAAACACAGAAUAUACUACUUGACAAACGAAAAGAAGUGGUAAAAAUUGGAGAUUUUGGCAUUUCAAAAGUUUUAAGCAGUAAAAGUAAAGCUUACACUGUUGUUGGAACACCAUGCUACAUUUCACCAGAACUCUGUGAAGGGAAACCUUAUAACCAAAAGAGUGAUAUAUGGGCUCUAGGAUGUGUAUUAUAUGAGCUGGCAAGUCUUAAGAGGGCAUUUGAAGCUGCUAAUUUGCCAGCCUUGGUAAUGAAGAUCAUGAGAGGUACAUUUGCACCAAUAUCUGUCAAUUACAGCGAUGAACUAAAAAGUCUGAUAUUAAGCAUGCUCCACUUAGAUCCAAAUAAAAGACCAACAAUAAAUCAGAUAAUGGCUCAGCCCAUAGUUAUAAAUGCAUUAAUGUAUCUGCACACAGACAUGGGGAAAAUAAACUGUACAAGAAUUCAUCGACCAAUGCCAUCAUCCUCUCCAUUCAAUAGAAUGUCUAUAAGGGGAAGUCAUACCUCUAGGGAAUCUAUAUCCACCAAACCAACGACACUAAGUUCGGCAUUCUAUUGGGGAAGUGGUAUUGGCCGACCUGUAAAGAUGGGACUACCUUCUACAGAUACACAACUUAUACAGGCCUCAACAGGCAGAACACAGAAAGCUGGAGUUACUAAAAAUGGCCGACUGAUUGUCUGGGAGUCAUCAUCAGUAGCAGGAACAGAUACACUGAUACCUGGAGCUACUGACAUACCUGCUCCAACAUUUAUACCAAGGUACCUGGAGGGUCAAUCAGCAGUCAACAUACAGCAUGUGGCAUGUGGGGACUUUCAUACUGCUUGUCUUACAGAUAGAGGAAUAUUGAUGACUUUUGGUAGUGGUGCUAAUGGAUGUCUGGGUCAUGGUAAUCAUAAUGAUGUAGCUCAGGCUAAGAUUGUAGAAGCAUUAUUAGGAUGCGAAGUAACCCAGAUUUCCUGUGGAGCAUCACAUGUGAUUGCAGUGACCAAUGAACAUGAAGUAUUUUCAUGGGGUAGGGGAGAUAAUGGAAGACUAGGACUUGGAACUCAGGACUCGCAUGCCUCCCCAAUGCCUGUACCAAUACCAGAACACUUUCAACCAUCUAAAGUCUGCUGUGGUGUAGAUUGUUCUAUGAUUCUAACUCAUGAUAAUAAAUUAUUAUGUUGUGGAAGCAAUAGAUAUAAUAAAUUAGCCUUGGAUGUCAUCUCCCCUGAUGGGUCAACAAUGAAGGUCAUAGAGGAAGUUCAUUCAUUUUCACCUGUAGCAUCAUAUCCACUCAUCAAUUUACAUGUUAAACAAGUUGCCAUGGGAACAUCACAUUCUGCUGCUGUAACAGCUGAUGGGAAAUGUUAUAUGUUUGGAUCCAACCAGUUUGGACAGCUUGGUAACAGUGGUCAUGGUAACAGCCGUGUGCCACAACUCUUGAGAACUUUAGACAGUCAGAAUGUUACAUCAGUUGCAUGUGGUGAUAUUUUCACAGUAGCUGUUGUAGAUGACAAGGAUGUAUAUUCAUGGGGGAAGAGUUCAAGAGGUCGUCUUGGAAGAUCAGAAGAAAAUACAACAGAACCUGGUAAAAUAGUUUUUAUUGGAGAAGAUCCAUUCAUAGCUGUUGAUCUGUCAUGUUCUCAUGGCAACACACUUUUAUGUACAAAACCUCAACAAGUGAAUGGUGGACCUGUUGACUGAAAGAUUGACCAUUUUUGUAUUUUAAAAUAAUUAACCAAGACUUACUGGACAUAAUAUUGAUUGUGUCUAAUGACAUUUCAACAGAUAAUGAAUGGUGAUGAUACAAAGGCAUGAUUACAUUUUACUGCCAAUUAACCAACAGACAAUCAUAUUACAUAGAAGCAAGGCUAGAAAUUAGUUUUUUUUAAUAAACAUUUAUUUAUAACUUCAACCAAAUGUACAUUACCAUAAUCAACUUGCAUAUUGAAAAACUUCAAGAUAUGACAUCAAUAUUUUGUAUAUUUUUUAUAAAUUUUGCCAAGAAAAUUUAAUAAUAUAUGAAGAGGUGCUUCUAGAUUUAUUUUUUUUUAAAACUUAGCAAGAGUUUCUUCUCAAAAGUGUUGUUUUGGCUUAAUGUUUCUUUAGGUUCUAACUGCAUUUAUUUACAAUGAUAGACCUCUACCUUAAACUAGUUGUACAAUAUUCAUUUCUUUGCUGAAUCUCAAACUUCUUUCUUGAAUUAUAAAUCUACGACCAGAUAAUACUUUAGAAAUCCAAAACCAGAAUGAUUAUUCUUUUAUUUUUUGUAUUAAUCAUAGGUUCUAUUAUAAAUUAAAGAUACUUCGAUUUUUUCAUUUUAAAUUUAUGCCAAAGUUUUUGAUGUAUAAAUGAUUACGCAAAGAGAAGAUACAAGGUUUAUAAAUAGCAAAAUUCUGGAAGUAAUAAUUUUAAGUACAAGCAAAAUUACAACUAGUAAUUAACAAUAUUACUUCAUAAUCUUGAGCACUGAAUAGACCAGUCAUUUAAAGUUAGUUGAAGGGCAUGUCACUAAAAUUAUGUUGACAAAUACAUGUACUGGCAUAUGAUAUUCAUGUAAAAAUUGUGCUUAUAUUUUAUGAUAUAUUUCAUAUUUAUCUGGACUAGUACAUUUUGUCCUUUUAAUCUAUAAUAAAAAAAACAUAUUUUAAUAUUACUAUGCAUAUGCAAAAAAUGCUUUGUACUUUCAAAAUACCAAUUGGCCAACAUUUUUUUUUCCAAGUUGCAGUUUGAAUUCAUCUCUUCAAACUAAUUUACUUGUAAAAAGUUGUACCCGAAAUUUAUUAGUGAAAGGUUGUAAAUAAAAGGUUAGAUAAAGCCUGGAGCAAAUGUGAAUACUAAUAGAAUCUAUUAUAUUAUGUCAUUUCAUUUUAAAGAGGCAUUUUUUUAAUGAAAAUUGCAUAUCAGUUGUAUUUUUGAAAGCUAUAUCUUUUCAAGUAUUAUAUAUAUUCCGUCCAUCUUUAAAUUAUCUAAAUGUGAUACUUUGUUACAGUCUAUACAUUUGUUAGAGAUUUUUUUGUCUAGAUUUACAUUUAUUGUAUUAUGUUGGAGCAUUGUCAUGCUUUUAUUGUAAUGUCAUUGUUACAUAUUUAUUUAUUUUGUGAAACACAGACACAAAUCUCUUUGUUUAGCAAUUUAUAACAAUUUUAUAUUAAUUUAAGAAUUUUUGAUUUAUGAGAUAUAAUAAUAUUUACUGUCAAGUCUGGUUAUUUUGUUUGUUAUAUAAUUAUGUGUUUCAUUGCCAUAGACCUAUCUCAAGUUGUUUUUUAAGAAUGAGUUACACCAGUUGAUUUUGCUGUGAUGUAUUAAAUAACAUAAGCAUUGUGACAUAGGAAAUGUAUGGGAAAAUGCAUGAAUUUGAAGGUCAUCAAUUUAAACUUUAGGAACAUAAACUUGUAGGCUGGCAUCUUAAUAUAAGAUUGCAGCUUUGCCACUUCUUCAUCAAUGACAUUAUCAUGGACAUAUUUUUAUUGCAAUAAAUUUUCUGCACCCUUUCAUAAAUCAGCGAUUUGAUCAAAAUCAUAAUUUCAAACAAAUCAGUAUUCAAUGCAAUUGUCAAUCUCAAUCCUAUUUAGUGUAAACAAUAUUUUAUUGUGAAAAUAAUAACAUAAACAUUCUAUUUAUGAGACUUUCUUUGGAUUUUCCACAAUUUCUGGACUUUACCAUCUCAUCAUAUGAUAUUUCAGAAGGAGGUUAGCUAGUCUGUCCUCUGCCUUGUGAAAAUUUAUAGGCAAUGUUGAUCUUUUUUUUCAUGUUUGUUUUAUUUCUGGUGUUUCGUUUAUACUUAUCAUUUUUUUCUCUUCACAAUUGUUAUUUUGUAACAAGAGUAUUUAUACAUGUUGUCUGCUUUCAGUAUUAGUUUCAUAUAUGUUACAAUUCAUUUGCUGUUGUCACAUUCAGGUGUCUUUUUGAUGUACAAUGCAAAUAUUUUUAUUGAAAUUUUUAUGAAUAAAAAAUAAAAUGAAUAAUUUU